GAUACAUCUGCACCCCGAAAAAUAUACGUCGCCGUCAAAAUUCUGAGUAGACAUGGGACAGCAUGUAUUGUGGGCCGCUUCUGCGCCAAAUACGAAGCCUUUAGGCGUAUCGAGUCCGCUAAUCCGCACCACCCGGACUUUCCACGCUGCCUUACCAUAAGCCACUGUUUUAUCACACAAAGCUCUGUCGGUGGCCAUAUCUGCUUUGCCAUAGACGUAUCAGGCUCGGAUAUGGGGCCCUUC